AUGGCAACCAACGAUGUCAUAUCCCCCACAGAAGCACAGCAGCUUGUCAAAAGGAUCGCUCUCGGUUAUGGGUGGAUCGGCCAGAGAGCCCGGGAUGAGACUCAUCCUGACGCUCUUGAAGCGAUACAUAUACUCCAAGAAAACCUUGGACUUUCGGUCAGAACACUAGCAACAAAUCUCUACAAAAGCCAGGCUCGAUUCGUAUUUGAAUUGAUCCAGAAUGCCGAAGACAACGCUUACACGAGAGCUAAGUCCAAUGGUGCAGUACCUUACAUUGAGUUCACCGUCUAUCCCAACGAGAUAGUUAUCGACUCAAAUGAGGAUGGAUUUACUACCGAAAAUGUGAAAUCAAUAUGCAAAGUUAAUCAUAGCACCAAGGGAAGAGAUGGCGUUCAGCAAUUCAUUGGUGAAAAGGGCAUUGGAUUCAAGUCCGUCUUCAUGGUGGCAUCGAAAGUUCAUAUCCAAUCAGGUUCCUUUUCAUUUUCCUUCGAAGAUUCACCGGAAGAACUUGAAGCACCAACCGAUAUUGACGUCGAAAAUCCAUCUUCUGGGCGGCAGGCUGCCGCUGCUCGUAGUAUGGGUUUGGUGACUCCAAUUUGGGAGCCUGCGGAUACAGUUCUGCCAGACCCUCUGACCCGCAUGAAAUUGACUCUCCGGAAUAAAUUGAGCUAUUCCAAACUACUUUCGCAUUUCGAUACUCUCCCUGACACCUUUCUCCUCUUUUUGAAUAAGCUUGGUGCCAUCACAAUUACAAGAAGAGACCGAGAGACUGCGGAGUCUACCACAUUCUCAAGAACACUAGACGAAUCCUCCAGACAAGCGACUUUAAGCAAGGCCCAACGUAUAGGUUCCGAGGUCCUACGACCUUCUUUGAAGCACUACCAUAUUACCCGGAGGACGCUGACAAAUUUGUCACCCGAUGAACGACGAAACGGCAACUCUGCUGAAGUAGUGCUUGCAUUCCCCUUCGAGGAUGAGGAACCUAUUAUUGUUGACCAGGAGACUUAUGCGUACCUGCCUAUGGGGAACUUCGGAUUCUCCUUUCUUAUUCAAUCCGACUUCAUUACGGAGGGUAGUAGGGAGGGUGUGAUGGAGGACAAUCUCCGGAACAAUGAUAUACUUGACGGCAUAGCUGAGACAUUCCUGGACGCCGUGCUUCAAUUGUGCAAGCAUCCCACACUUCAAUACAAGUGGCCGCGAUACAUCCCACAGACAAUACCAAACCCUUUCUGGAGACGCAUUAAAGAAAAGAUCCACCAACUCCUCAAGGAGCGCGCAGUCUUGCGCGGACAGCGCCAGGGCCCUCUUCGGCCCAUCCGUCAGUUGAAGAAGAUCCACAAAGAUUUCAAAGAUCAAUUCGGCGACCCCCUUGUUGCUGACUUGGACGAGGAAUUGUAUCUUUCAUCCGAAUACCAAGAGGAAGACAUAGCGGCUCUCGAUAAACUGAAUCUAGCAUUUAUGAACUUCGGUGAUGCAUUGGCGCGCUUCAAAUGCGAUUUGAGCAGAGGAACUGCCCGGUCUAAGUUCAAAUCCAACGAAACGACUGAUGAUUGGCAUAACAGGACUGCAAAACUUUUACUGCAGGCUUUCAAGAUGAACUGGAAAUCUUCGACACCUGACAAAGUCCGUGAACUACCAUGUAUUCCACUGGAAAGUGGAGAGUGGACCGCAAUCAUCAAUGGCGCGGUAUACUUUCCUCGCACGGAGGGUAUACUUAUCCCAACUGAUCUUGGAUUAAGAAUUCUUGACGAGAAAUCUUUCAAGGACCCGAUAAGAGAGGAACUUUUUGUCGCCCUAGGGGUUGAGCAUGCUAAGAUCCAAGAUAUCAGAGCACUCGUGCUGGAACGCUAUGACAAAGCAGAGUCUUUCAUCACCUUCGAAACAUCUUUGAAUGAUCUUCAAUUUCUGUAUUCGGCAUAUUCUCCAAGAUCAACUGUUCAGCUUCGCAAAUCGACUUCUCUAUUCGUCUUUAAUCAUCUGGGCCGUCGAAUUCAAGACGAUGAAGAUUUGUAUUUUCAAAGUGACGAGGAAUAUAGUUUUGAAAAGUUGAUGGGAUCAGUCUUGGAGACAGCGCCAUAUAACAAUGGCCUUGUUGGCUCUUUCAUUCAUCCAAAUUAUCUCAAGCGAAUCGAGCUUCCUCCUGCGAAAAGAUCUGAAUCCCACCCAACAUUGAAGACCUGGUUACAACGAUCCAUUGGUGUAUUGAGCCACCCGCGGCUUGCAGACUCCCAAGAUUCCACGCAACUAUCACCGAUCUUCCAUUAUAUUAUCAAAGAGUGUCCGGAGAAUAUGUUGGGGACACUGAAGGCACAUGGGGUAUCCUACGCAGCCGUGAUGAAUAGUGACUUGGCAUCAAAAAUAUCCGAGGCUGUUGUUCCCAACACCAACAUUGGCUCCAAAUCUUUGAAAGAGACUUUCCUCCCCUUAGAGAUACUGACAAUCAACUGUAGCAAGUUUAUCGACGUACAGGAAUUCCCUUUCUUGAGACUGGAAAAUGGAACAGAUGUUAAGGGAUGGAAAUUCCUCAAAGCGUUUCACGUUGGGAUUGAAGAUAACCUUGACUUCUGGUUGCAGGUACUAUAUUACUGCAAAUUUUCGAACGCGGAACUUCGAUAUGAGAUAUAUGAAUUCAUUCAAAAGAAGAUUUGGACGUCGGAUUCCCCGAAUGAGGAUGUACAGAAGGUUCGGUAUGAAUUAUCUUUCCGUUGUCCAUCGACCCGCAUCCCCCGCAUCUAUAAAUCAGCCAGUAAGCUUACCAGUCACUACUCCAGAAAUUUCGUCAACGACGAGAAGCUCAUACUGGCACCUUCCCGCUUAGAAGGCUUACCCUCUUGGACUUGUCAAGCGUUUUGCUUUUGGGACGCACCAGACUACCUGAUAUCGACCAUUCCUCUACUCCCUUACUUGUCACGCUUUAACACAACUAUUCUUACCGCUUUCUUUCAAGGCACUCUCGAUAUUCCGGAUGUUUCUUGGGGAAAUUUGAGUGAUGAGCUCCAUGAUCGUCGGCUAGAAAAUCUGCACGAUAUGAAGAUUUACCAAGAUAUCUAUCUUCGCCUUCAGAAAAUGUCAGCCGAUAUGGAUUCGGAAGAAUUGAAAUCUCUCCGGGCCGAUUUCGAGGCACGUGCGCUCAUCUACGACAUGCAGGGCCAAUGUUGGAAGCCUCCAUCAAAAUGCCUGUGGUCAAAAGACGCUCAGGUGCCGGGGAAGAGUAUAAUCAGCGGCCAGUAUCCAAAUUUGAGGGACUUGUUUGUGGGGGUGCUUAAAGUCAAAAUUCCGAAUUUGAGUUUGCUCGUCCAAGAGCUGAAACUAGUCGCACAGUCUUCGCCAUCAAUUGAUGAUAUCAAGAGUCUGAUUUGGCAAAUCAAUGCAUUUGCUCCGACUAUCAAGGAUUUGGCUCAAUUAGACGAGUAUAAGAUCAUUCCUGUAAAAUGUUCAAACGGGACAGUCGAACUACGGACGGGACUUGAAAGAUUCUCGAUCAUUGACCGUCAGCCCUGGGCUGAUGCAUUUGAAGGAAAACUGGAUGUUGUCGAUUUCAGUCUCAAGGAAGUCCGGAGUUUGGAACCUUUUUUAUCAUGUAUGUCGGGCGGGAGAUACUUGUCUAUGGUUGUGAUUGAAAAGUCCUCUUUCGAGGGCUCUCUCCCAGAGCCAAACCUUAAGAGAACAAGGGAUUUGCAACGACGUGCUUAUGCACUCUCUCGCUGUGCAACACACUUUAAUAGCCCUAGAGCAAAGAACGACAAUCAACAUCUCUAUCAAUUACUUCUCAAAUCAAAGGUGUACGAAACGGAUGGGAUUACUGGAAGUCUUGAGCAUACACUUCUUGGUAUAACCGUUAAAAUCCGCGAAAUGAAGCUUCACAUCAAAGAAAGCCCAGAAGGUUUGCAAAUAUACGUUCCGAAAAAUUCGAGGGACCAAGAGAUUUGUUAUCUGCGGCUGCUUCCCACGACGUUAUUCAACGAGACCAUGAUGGUAGGAGUUGAAACUAACUCUACAGCGGCGCUUGAUCCAGAAGCUGUAUCAAUAAUUUCGGCAAUAUUCGCGUCUAGCGAUGAUGUUGUUGAUUUGGUUCUUGAGGAAGCUGGUAUUGUCCCAGUCUCAUAUCCUGAUCAGUACGAGGAAGAGUUUCAACAAUCGCCAGACAACGUAGGCGCAGAUCAAGAGCAGAAUGUGGAAAGCGAUAUCGAAACUCUCACAUCAGAAACGCAGCCAGAAACUACAUCUACUGGCCUUGAUACCCCGUCCGCUCAGAGCACCACGUCUUCGAACGCUGCGACUUCUACCUACCGGGCAAACUAUCAGCCAAAUGUCCCAUCACAGCCGAUUCAGCCUAGUAAUUUCCUAGCAGCUAUUUCUCAGCCCAAUCUUUCAGACAGGGCACCGCGCCAAUUUACUCCCGAAAGCAGCGAUGUGGAGUAUCGACGAUUGCUGAACAACAUCAUCACUGCAGCGAGAAAUAAAAGAGGAGCAUUUCCAUCGCGGGGAGCCUUCAAUCUUGACGAACUUUUAAAUGCUCUACCGGUAGAGGCCGCAGAAGAAGUGAACACGUACGAUCUUCCUUUCGGAGUCAGGAAUCAAAACCAACUUGCUCAUGACAUGAAAAUUGGAGCUGCGGGUGAACUCUACGCUUUUGAAAUUCUUUCCUGUCUAGAGACUACUCUUCCUGAAUUUGGUCACCAUAACUGGGAGAGCACAAUCCGCAAGUUUGUGAAGGUCCAUGAAAAGUACCGGGACAUGGAGGAAUGGAAAGGGUCCGAAACGGCGGACAUUACAUACGACGACAAAAACGGAGAAUUCACGCAGCUUCUGAUCGCCAACGGCUACUUGGAUGGAAGCAUUUGGGCUGCCGCAAAGCCAAAGUACUUCCUCGAAGUGAAGACGACAACAAAAGAAGGUGCCACCAAGCUCUUUGUGAGUAAGAGUCAAUAUCGAAGAAUGCAUAGAAUGAAAUUAGGUGCUCACGCAUCAGAUGAAGUAUAUAUAAUCCUUCGUGUCUUCAAUCUGGAUAAAGAGAAUAUUGAUAUGCGUCUUUAUGUUGACCCGGCUGGAAUGGAAGACAGGGAAUUAAAAUUCACACCGGAGUCUUACUCUGUGGUUCCUCUGUCAUCUGAUAGACGUUGA